AAAGGAAGAGAGAAAAAUCAAAACCACACCGUUGGGACUGGCACUGUUACCGAAACAGAUUCCUAUUUCAAAAACAAAUGAAAUGCGUGGAAAAAAAAAAGAAUUAAAUAAAAGACGAGGGAGUGAGAGCAGGCAUCUAUUCAAAAUCCCCGAAUUCAAAAAUCUCAUCUCCCCAAGCAGUAAAAUUCAAACUAAAAGACAACCCCACAGACGAACAAGUCCCUCUUUAAAUUCCCUCUUCCUCUUCUUUUCCUCUGGUAUCAGAAAUCCACAGAGCACUUUUCUUCAACUCCUCACAACCCAACUCGGAAAAAGAAGUUAAAGAUGGUUGUUCAGACCGUCAGAGUACACAGGGGAGGAAAAGUUCCAGGCAGUCCAGCCCCUAAUGGCUCUGCCAGAUCCAGUUCUCACUUGGGCUGUGCUCAAAAUGGAGAUACUCAGGAAGAAAAGGAGAGGACCAGAUUGGAUGGCUACAUGGGUAUGAAGGACAAUCACAAGGUUAAACCCCUUUCCAGUUUGGAUUCCAACAAGUUGGUCAAGAGGAGCUCUAUUCCUACCAAGCAUUCUUCGUUGAAGGUUGUUUUGGGCAUAACUGCACGGGAAAAGUCUAAUUCGUCUUCACUGAAAGCAAAUAAAGAGAACAUAGAGGACGACCCGUCAAGGUUUUCUUUGGCUCAUAAGGAAAUCAAGCGAAGUUGCACACAAGCUUACGAGGACUCAGAAGGAUCCAAUAAUGACUCUAGUCUGAAUUCAAAAAGGAGGAAGAAAACCAUCCAGCAUUGUGCAUCUCAAACUGCAGGUGCAAAAAUGAAAUGCCUAGAGGAAGAUGAGUUACCUCUGUUUCCAGAAAGAGUCAAUCAGAAUGAUAUUGCUUCUGAUACAUUAAAUGUAUGCAAAACUCUUCAUGCAUUCACUUCAACAUCUUGGUCUAAAUCAGUAAACUUUUCCUGUACAACUGCUACAUCAUCAGUUGCUCCUCUUCCAACAGAGCAAACAACCUCUAACUGUGUUCCAAGUGAGGUGAAUGCUCUGCCAUUAUUCCAGUCUUCUGAUUCGUCAAAACCCACAGGAGGGGUAAUUUCUGGACAUGAUAACGAUGGUUUGUCCCUUUUGGGAGCUGCUGCUUUCCUUAGUUUAGGAUUGGAUGAAACUUGCCUCCAGUCUGCUAAGAGAUCAAUCUGUACAGAUAGUCGGAUGGACAAUUCAAAAGGUGAUACCAGAUGUCAGGAAUCAGACAUUGGUAUCAAGAUGCCUUGUGCAGCUACAGAUGAUGCCACAACUCAUGGAGCUAUCAAACAAACUUUUCCUGUUCUAGGAGCUGAUCUCACCCUUGGGCUUCCCAUGGUUGUUGCAGAAUCACGGAGAAAUCAAAGCAUUAAAGAUAGUGAUGAUGAUCCUUUACUAUUGGAUGAAAUGGACAACAUAGUAGAAACUUCUCAAGAUAUGCAAGUAGACAAUGAUUGUGCACAUCUGGAUAGAACUGUCAACUUUGGAAAACAAGAUGCCCCUGAGCCUCCCAAUAGAAGUGAUGCAUCCGCAUGUUCUUUGAAUGCAGAUCCCCAGACUAUAGAUGAUCGCUUGGCCCAUAAAGACACAGUGGAUCAGAAUCGUGCUGGCCAUGGUGGCACAAGGAGGGACUACAUGCAUUUUUCUGAUCUUUCUGUUCCCUUGCGAGGCACACUUCUUUUACCAAGAGGACAGAAACGUGCAAGAAGGUUCCCUGUCCCAUUCAGAAGACUUAAAAAUGAAGUCCUACAGCAGAAAAGGGAUGUAGGCAAGAAAGAGCCACUAUCUAAGUUUUCCAGAGUGACUGCCCCUAGUGGCUUGCUUGCAGAUCUGAAUCCAGGGAUUAUCAACCGUGUGAGAAACAGUAAACAAGUACAUGCUAUCAUUGAGGCUGUUGUGGGGCCAGAUGCAUUGACUGUUUGCCAGGAUAAACAGAAAAACUACAUACGGGAACCUAAAGUAAAUCCAGAAAGAAAAACAUUAGGUGCAAGUCAUCCAACAUUCAUGGUCGAUAAUGAUCAUUCAGAGGUAGUUGAUAUGCAUAAUGGUAGCAAUGAUACAUUAGAUAGGCGCCAGCAACUUGCUGGUGUUGAAGCUCUCAAGUGGAAAUUAGACAAAAGAAUGAUUGCAUCUAUGGAUGCUUGUGCUUCUCUUCAUUUGCACAGUGAAGAUAGGCCUACUGAUGCAAGCGUUUUAGAUGAAACUUUUGAGUGCCUGGAUGCUAGCGUAGACUUGAUCCCACCACAUUGCAAUGGGGAUCAGUUUUACUUGAAGCAAGUUGUUGGAGAACAUGAUAAUAUGAAGGGAACUCUCAAUUGCCAUUGCCAUUAUUGCCAUCCCGGUGAGAUUUCAGGCACUGAUUCAACUUGUUCUGCAUCACUUUCACGAAAAGCUGCUACUAUGGCUUCCCAUUGGUUAGAGCUUUAUUAUCAGGAUGUCAAAGGCCGUUUAGCUGCAUUAAAACGGAGUAGGAGGAGAGUUAGGACUCUGAUUAAAGAAGUGUUCAGUUAUGCUGCUUUAUACCCAACAUCAUCUUCUCAUGAUACUAAUGAGCCGUUGGGCAAAGUCAACAAGACUGACAAACGUGCAGAACAUGAGCAUAUGGAAAAGUGGAGAUCUCUUUUCAUCCAUAUGGACCGACGCCUGACUGUUGAGGGUACCCAGCUUGAGACUAGUUUGCAGCAGAUUAAGGGCAUGCAAGCACAUUGCAAAUGGGGAUUACAAGAGGUUCAAGGCAAUCAACGAGAUGAUCACCAACUGCAGCAACCCGAAGGAUUGGAAGACAAGUUGGGGCCUAAUCUUGCAUCCGCGAAAACAAUUGAGAGACAAUAUGCUGUGGGAGCAGCAGCAGCUUCAAUUUAUUCAACAACUAAUUUUGUUUUAACUGCGGAAGAUGUUCCAUGUUUCUAACCACAAUUUGGCUCCUGGCAAUUCUUUUAUUGUGUUGAGAAGUGUUUCUUCCUGUGAUUGGGAAAUUCCCAGAUUAGUUUCCUGACAGGGCAUCUUUGGAUGAAAAUAAUGUAAUAUCUUAUUGUGCUAACUUGAAUUUCUAUUAAUUUUCCUUCCAAUUGGUGUCAGUCUAGUUCGUUAGCAUUGGAGUAAAGCCAGUCCAAUGGCCUCCAAAAUGCUACAACUAAAGUAAGGUGUGCAGUGAAGAAAACCAAGGAAAUAAAGUCAAGCUAAUUCAAAAUGGAAGUUUAACUUAAAAUACAAGAUUGUUCUUGUUUACAUUCAUGACAUCAAGUUAAUUAAAAGGGUUUUUUAAAAUAAAAA